AUGAAUAAGAAUUUACAUUCGCCUGUGCUCCAAGAUGAUGAACGUUUUGCAUUGAUGAAGUUUCGUCGAUCAGUCUCAGACAUUUUAAAACCUGAGCAUGAUGAUCACUUUUUACUUCGAUGGCUUCGUGCUCGUCAAUGGAAUCCUGAAAAUGCUGAAAAGAUGCUUCGUGAGUCAAUGGAAUGGAGAAAAAAAUGGAGUGUCGACGAACUUGAUAAGUACAUCCCACCAGCUGUUUUUAAAGAUUACAUUCCACAUGGUACAACUGGUUUUGACAAAGAAGGCUCACCUAUUAUUAUAAUUCCGUUUUCCGGAAUUGAUGUAUGGGGCAUACUUCACAGUGCAGAAAAGGUUGAUAUCGUUAAAAAUACUAUAAGACUUUUAGAAUCUUUUAUGAAAAUUGCGUACAAACAAAGCCUGGACUAUGGACCCGAAGCUCGUAAAUUUACAGUUAUUUUUGACAUGGAUAAUUUCUCAAUGAAACAAUAUGCAUAUCGGCCAGCUGCUGAGUUAGUUAUUACAACUUUUCAAAUGUAUUCCAACAACUAUCCCGAAAUUUUAAAAUACUGCUAUGUCAUAAAUGCACCCAAGAUAUUUUCGUUUGCUUUCAACAUUGUAAAAAAAUUUCUUGACGAAUAUACGAUAUCAAAAAUCAAAAUUUACAAACAAAAUCCAAUAAAAUGGAUACCAGCAAUACUUGAACGAAUUGAUGAAACCAAUCUUCCGAAAUAUUACGGUGGUGCAUUAACAGAUAAAGAUGGUAAUCCUAAAUGUUUGGAGAAAAUUUGUUGGGGAGGAAAAAUUCCCAAAGAAUUCUACAUAUCGUCUGAAGCAAAUUAUAACAGUUCUUCCAGCUAUUGCACUGUUAUUAUAAAGAAAGGCUCGAAAUUAAAACUUACAUUCAAUGCUGAAACAGAAGGAGUAUUUCUUAAGUGGGAGUUCAGGGCACAUAAUCAUGACAUAAAGUUUGGCGUCAAAGCAGUCAAUAACCAAACAAAAGAAAAAAUAUCAGCCAUUGAUCUGAAAAGGAUUUCAUCAAAUGAAUCUCACGAAAUUGGUUUUAUUACUUGUAUCAAAGAUCAUACGUACACCGUUGUUUUUGACAACAGUUAUAGUUAUUUUAAGAGCAAAAAAAUUACUUACUCUGUUGUAAUGAUGGAAACUCCGUUAGAAGAAAUUGAAAAAGGAGCCAGAAAAAUCGAGGAAAAACUUUUGGAUGAAAACAAAAAUAAUUUACCAAUUAGAAUCGAUUAGAUAAAUGUUUAUAAUUUUCACAUAUCUUUACAUUAGAUACAUAAUCCCUUAUAAAAAAAAUUCCCGAUUUAAGACUGGUUUAAAACAAAAAUUGAUCGGUGUACCUAAAUAUGUACUAUAUACCUAAUUAAAAUUAUUGGAUCGUCCAGCUCUGAUUAUGUGAAAAAAUUUUUAAGAAAAAUCAUAAGAAACAAAAAAUAUAACAUUAAUAUAUAUGGUGAUUUAUUAUCUACAGAUGUUUAAUGAUAUUCAGGAUGAACUUUUAUGAUAUGAACAUGAUAAAUAUAUACAUAUUCAGAAUCAUUAUUUUGAAAUAAAUUUAUUAAUAAAAUAAUUGAACAA